AUAGCGUUUAGUUUUUCUUGAAUUAAAGUCGAUCGUAAAUAGUUCUAUACUCUUUUCAAAAGAAAAGCUUCUCUCACCCAAACAAAUUUUCACCGGUAUAGUCAGAGUAAUACGAAGUGAUAGGUAUAUCAAAGAUUGGAAAAGUGUAUCCUAAAUUUCUUUUAAGAACAAAGACAGACUAUUUCUUUGAAAAUUUCAAAGAUCGUCUUCUUCGUAUGAACAAUGUAUUUUUUUUUAAUUUCUUAAAUCAUAAUUUGCUGCUCCCUGAAAUCUGCUGGCUUAAGCUAUAGUCUGCUGGCGCAGGAGAAUUGAUCUGUUUUUGCAGUGAAAAUGUGAGUGAGUCCAGUAAGGAACUGUUUGUACAAAUAAAACUUUACAUCUGGAACAUAUAAUGUUAUGGAAAUGUCUCAAUUUAAUAUCAUUAUUUGUUGUUUACACGGAGCCCAGAGGUCCACAUCAUCCUAGAGGCGAAAAUAUUGUAAAAAGACAUGUUCAUUACACUCCUAGUAAAAAUGCUAAUGAAAAAUUAACUGAAGAUAUGCAGUUGCUACAUGAUAAGGAACACAUACAGGAACACUUGGAAGAUUUAAUUCCCGACCCGGAUUUUUCAAAAAUGUCCGACGCAGAAUUAGAGUUCUACUAUUUUCAAGUACACGAUAGCGAUAAAAAUUCAAAAUUAGAUGGAUUGGAAUUGUUACAAGCUAUUCUUCAUACUGAUGAAAAUUAUGGAUACCAAGAUGAUGAUGAGGAGCACGUACAACAUGAUGAUUCUCCAGAUUUUAAUUAUUAUGUUGAAUUAAUCGAUCAAGUAUUAGAAGAAGAUGACGUCGAUCACGACGGUUAUCUGAGUUACUCAGAGUACGUUUCACAAAGACGACUGCAAAAUAAAAACGCCGUUAAGAAAACGACAAGAUAGUAUCUUUAAAAUUCCAACUAAUAAAGUGUUUAUAUUAAUU